CUGUUUGCAAAUAUGCGGCCAUGUUGACAAUCGAGAACUCCGAAUCCGGUGUUAUAAACGUAUUCAGCGCGUUUGGGGAAGCUUUGUUGUUUUUUUAGGUGAGUGUGUAUGUUUUGUUUGCCCUGCAUUUGGUGCAUUUUUUAUCCGCAACAGAUUGCCGCUGUGACCCGAAAGUGCCAGCGAAAAAUCAAUUACCGCCGUGUGGCGCAAAAGUACCAGAGUGUGUGCAGUAGUAGUUUCCCCCGAAAGGUGCGUUACCGGAGUUAUAUAAAAGACCGCAUUCGAUCGAUAGCGCGGUGGUCCUAGGUAGGCAGCGCUCUAGAGCCGCAUACACGCAGUUCGCCAGACCGUGCACAGACGGUUGUUGGGUCAGAGCGUGCAGGAUUCGUUUCCUGCUGCUGGUGGUGACCCAGGACCAGUGAAUUGAAACUGUAGCUGCAUAAGAAACUGUGCUCAGUUUCCAUUGCGGACCAGUUAAACGCGAGUGCUGUUGUCCACAAUGGGCUGGUGGUGCUGCUGCUUUCCGUCUUUUAUUAUUCGUGCCGGAUAAGGAACAUUACGGAAGGCCAUAGAUGAGCAUCGAUCCCAUCAAUGCGACCGCACAGACUACGCAUCGCUAUCAUACUCAUAGUAUUCAUCGCAGCAGCACGCUUCUCGUAGAACAACUAGUGCAAACAACGCCGCCGCAACCGCAAUUCACCGCCUGCUACACGAACACAAUUUUAAAUGCCACAUUAGGAAAGGCAGCAGCCAAGGAUCCGCUUAGCAACGCAGCGUACGACGGCACGGAGACGGUGGACGCAAACCAUGAGCUGCUAGAUUAUUAUCUCAAAGAUUCCAUUCGGGAACCAUCCAACGUUAAUGAGAACGCGUACAACCGCUUGGACUUAAAGCUCGACACGUUAGAUUUUAGCCUAACGAGACGUCUGCUAGGGGCCGUCUUCUUUCUGCUCAUCAUCUACGCCUGGAAGCAGUACAUUGACGACGAGGAAGAGUCCGACACAAUCUACAUUUGAUCCAAACGACUGUGCUAGCAUCCGACAAGGGCCUUCCGCGCACGGAGCUUGAAACGCGACUACCGAAACGAUGGGGACUAAGAAGGUCUCGUACUUCUUCAACCCGGACGUGGGCAACUUUCACUAUGGACCAGGACAUCCGAUGAAACCUCAUCGUCUCUCGGUCAUCCAUCAUCUGGUGAUGAACUACGGACUGCACAAAAAGAUGCAAAUUUACCGGCCAUACAAAGCAAGUGCGCAUGAUAUGUGCCGGUUCCACAGCGACGAAUACAUCGAAUUUCUGCAGCGGGUAACGCCGCAAAACAUUCAGGGCUACACCAAGUGUCUUUCCGUGUUCAACGUCGGUGACGAUUGUCCGGUGUUCGAUGGGUUGUUCGAGUUUUGCGCCAUGUACACCGGGGCCUCUUUGGAAGGUGCACAGAAGCUGAACCACAACCACAGCGACAUUUGCAUCAACUGGUCGGGCGGUUUGCACCACGCGAAAAAGUUUGAAGCGUCCGGCUUUUGCUACGUGAACGACAUUGUGAUAGGGAUAUUGGAGCUGCUCAAGUAUCACCCGCGCGUUCUGUACAUCGAUAUCGAUGUGCACCAUGGCGAUGGUGUGCAGGAAGCGUUCUAUCUGACCGAUCGCGUUAUGACGGUGUCGUUCCAUAAGUACGGCAACUACUUCUUCCCCGGAACUGGCGAUAUGUACGAAAUAGGGGCCGAGUCUGGACGUUACUAUUCGGUGAACGUGCCGCUAAAAGAAGGCAUCGACGAUCAGAGCUACGUGCAAGUGUUCAAGCCGGUCAUUUCGGCUGUCAUGGAGUUCUACCAGCCAACUGCGAUUGUGCUACAGUGCGGGGCAGAUUCGUUGGCGGGCGAUCGGUUGGGUUGCUUCUCGCUCAGCACGAAAGGCCAUGGCGAGUGUGUAAAGUUCGUCAAGGACCUGAACGUGCCGACGUUGGUUGUGGGUGGUGGAGGGUACACGUUGCGGAAUGUCGCCCGCUGCUGGACGUACGAAACUUCUCUGCUCAUCGACGAGACCAUUUCAAACGAGCUGCCGAUGAACGAUUAUCUGGAGUUUUUCGCGCCCGACUUCACGCUGCAUCCCGACAUCCCGAGCAGACAGGACAAUGCAAACAGCAAACAGUACCUGGAAGCGAUUACGCGGCAUGUGUACGAUAAUCUGAAGAUGUGUCAGCAUGCACCCAGUGUGCAGAUGUUCGACAUCCCGGAGGACGCGCUGCCGGAGGAGCUGAAGACGGUCAAGACGGAGGAACCGAAUCCCGAUGUGCGCAUUUCCCAGGAGGACGAAGAUCGGCUGGUGGAGCCGAAGAACGAAUUCUUUGACGGUGAAAACGACCACGACAAGAGUGAAAACGAGCCCUAGGGAUUUGGCGGAGCGAUACGUUUUAGCACAUAAGGAUUGUUUAAGCUGGGUGUAAGUGCGUGCACGGUCCCUCUUUCGGGAUAUCUUUUCGAACAAUCUCUUCCAUGAGCAAUGUCUCUUGGGCACAAUUUGAGGUUGCAGCUAACAUGAGACAUGGCUUCUUCCACGGAGAAAGCGGUAGAAGCGCGCGUCACGCGUGCUUUCUAGUACUUUCUAGGAUGCGAUAGCAAUAAAACACAAUGCAAAACACAACCUAA